AUGGAUUCUGGCGCUAUAUAAAGGGUUGCUAGACCAAAAGUUGGUAUAUCAGGUGUCCUCACUCGAUCAACGGUAUCACCAAAUACAGUCAUGAAGUGUGUAUUGAUCGCAAGUAUGUUCCUGGCUGUGGCCGUUCUGGCCCAGGAGAAUUCCUACAUUAGGAAGCUUCCAGCUGAUCGGCUCAGAGAUUUCCCUGGCAUGUGCUUCGGGUCAACGAUCUGCAAAGUGUUCAAUGUAGGUGGUACAUGGCCUCUGAGGCCCUUCUGCGGCAACGCCACCUGCGUCCAGGAAGGCGAGCAGCUCUUGGAGGUAGUGCAGGAGUGCGCCAGGGCCAAGCCCAACCCCGACUGCACCGAAAAUCCGAUCGAUCCCAAACAGGAGUUGUUCUUCCCUGCCUGCUGCCCCACAUUCACCUGCAAGGAAGGGGCCACCAUCGCCUACUACACCCAGGCCGAGAACGAGGAUCUCAUCAAGCAGGCUCUUGCCGCAGCAUCCAGCACCACUCCCGCUCCUGUCGCUGCCCCCGCGAAGUAGUUAGCAGUGUAAGAACAUCGUAGUGUGUUAGAGGAACCACACGGCAAGGGAGAGGGAUGCAGUUACAUAUUUCUCCCUCUCAAGUGCACUACAAUGUAGUUCAGAUAUUUCAUGCAUAUCUCCAAAUACGUCUUCACCAUGUUGUCUUAUUGUUUAAGUCAUUCACAGCUACAAAAUGGCUAUUUAGAUUAAGAUAUGUUAUUAAUGUAACUGCCAUGAUUUAAAAUUGUAGAUGGAAUGAGUAAACAAGUAUCUCCAUCACCAAAGGCAGUCUUGAGCUAAACGAGAAGAUAGGCCGAGGACGCCUGAUAUCUCUCGGCUUAUGGCUGUCUCCACACUGAAUUCCUCUCACCAGUCAGUUGUCUUAAGUAUAAAUGUGCACAAUAACAACUCAAAAUCUUAAGUAUAUUGUGUUAAAAGACAAGAUUAUAUUACCGAAAUUGAGUUCAGACGCAUAAAUACUAAUUAUUUUUUUUAUUUUUUUUUAUUUACUGCUGAUGUCAGCCAGCUGCGAUAAUUAUCAUGUUUUGAAUUCAAAUCAGAACUGUCAUAAACAUUUAAAAAAUAAAGACAUCUUCACAGA